GGUGGACGGGCCUGGAGGGUGUGACCGGUGCUCGGCCCCGCCCCGCGCGCUCCGUGCUCUGAGCGCGGGCGGGAGGGCCCUGUAGUCGCCUCGGACCCCCGCCUCGGGGCCGCUGCCUGGGGCGACCAGGCCCGCGAGCAUCGCUGUAGGGUCGUGUCCGGACGUCUGGAGAGACUGAGGCGCGGGAGCUGAAGCCUUCAGAGGACCCCGACCGAGGGACGUCGCAAUGGCCCUGGGUGAAGAAAAGGCAGAGGUGGAGGCCUCGGACACAAAGGCCCAGUCCUGUGGGAGGUGGAGCUGCGGGGAGCCGGAGGUGUACACCCCGGAGCCAGUAAGAGGGGACCAGCCACCACGCCUGGAAGCCGAGGGGGGCCCUGCCUCUCCUGUGUGGGGGGCAGAGGGGCCACCUGGCCCUGCCUGCUGGGGUGGGGCUGACCCCAGCAGCCCCUCUGGAGCCCCCCAACCGCAGGCCAGCACCAAGAGAGAGCCGGUAGCUGGUGGGUCUCAGCCUGCCUCUGGCCGCUUGCUUCCUCCUGCCGGCAUGGGCACUGGAGACCGUUUGCACUCCGUGGGAAACCUGUUGGAAGAGACUAAGCUUUCUGCCUCAGAGGAGCUACCUCAGAUACUUAAUGUUUCCAGAACUACAGCUCUUCGCUUAGGACAUGAUGCUGAUACUGCAGAUGACCCAUCCCCAGCUGAGUCAUCAUGGGUACUGGGCCUCAGCCAGCAGCUCCCCACCUCAGGAUUCUCUUUCCCAUCAAGGUGGAAGUCCACGGUGAGCCCAGGUGCUGCUGCUCCUCAGCUUUCCAGCUGCAGCGACAGCGUCUCUGCCUCAUCCCGGGUCAGUAGUUUCCUGGGCCACCAAGAGAAGAUGAAGCCUCGGAGUUGCUCCCUUGCCAAGGAUUCCUCACUGGAGCUGGUUGUUCCCCAGUCGCCUCCCACUGUGGUGGGGCCUGGGCCUCGGCUCCAGUGGCUGCAGCAGCCUGUGUUCUCUGCAGGUGAUACUACUGGGCCAGGCAGGAGGAACCUCUCCUUCCAAGCCGAAUACUGGGCUUGCGUGCUGCCAGAUUCCCUGCCUCCUUCCCCUGACCGCCACUCCCCUCUCUGGAACCCAAAUAAAGAGUAUGAAGACCUGCUUGAUUACACUUACCCACUGAGGCCCAGGUCUCAACUCUCAAAGCACCUUGACAGCCAUGUGCUGGCUGACCCAGUCCUGCAAGACUCUGGUAUAGAUCUGGAUAGCUUCUCUGUCUCCCCAGCAAGCACCCUAAAAUCACCCACUAAUGUCUCCCACAGUUGCCCACCAGCAGAGGCCACUGCCCUGCCAUUCUCUGGGCCUCAAGAGCCAAGCCUUAAACGGUGGCCCUCUGGAGUGUCUCAGAAGCAGGGCAGCUUGGCGUUGGCAUCUUGCAGACAGCUGGCAUCUACCCCCAGAGCCCCAGGUAGCAGGGAUGCUGCUUGGGAAGACAGAGAGUCAGACAAGAGGGGCUUGAAGGACCAGCUACCCAUGGACAGGCACCUUGAGGUGAGCUCUCCUAAGCUAAGAACAUUGGACAGAGAGCGGCCCGCAUUCAAGCCGGGGAAAGAGAAGGGGGCCAGCCAGAGUGCUCCAUACCCUGACCACACCAAGUCUGGAUGGAAGUCAGAAGACGAAGUGGAAAGUGAAGAUGAGUAUCUUGCCCUGCCCUCGCGACUGACACAGGUUUCUAGUUUGAUUUCAUAUCUAGGUUCUGUUCCCACCUUGGUGACUCUGCCCACUGGGGCUGCCGGAGGGCAGAGCUCCGUGGAAGUGUCAGACAGUGAUGGGCCAGCCUCCCUCCCAUCAGACUGUACCGAAAGCCAGCUUCCCACUGGGGCUUCACUCUCAGGACCCAGGGGCCCUGUGGGCCAGAACCACUGUUUGUUGAGCUCCUUUGUCCGUGCCCGAGGCUCUGCAGGGGAAGGCAGUCUGGUGAGCGGCCGGGCCCUGGGCAUCAACUCAGGACUGUUGGGAGCACGCUCCUCCUUCCAGGCCAUGUCGGACCCACUGGCAUUCUCAGAUCCAGAGGCUGAAGGGCAGCCUCCCAGGAAAGGAGGAGAGCUGAGAACAGAAUCACUUGUGCAAUGUGUGAAGACAUUUUGCUGUCAGCUGGAAGAGCUGAUUCGCUGGCUAUACAGUGUAGCAGAUGCUACCGACCACUUGAUUCCAUCCAAGUCCAAUCUUACAAGUCUCAAGUCCUCUCUGCAGCUUUACCGGAAAUUUAAAAAAGAUAUAGACGAACACCAGUUCCUGACGGAGAGUGUCUUACAGAAAGGGGAGAUUCUUCUUCAGUGCCUAUUGGAUAAUACCCCAGUUUUAAAGGAUGUCCUUGGGAGAAUUGCGAAGCAGUCUGGUGAGCUGGAGAGCCAUGCAGAUCGCCUGUAUGAUUCUGUCUUAGCCUCUCUGGACAUGCUGGCUGGCUGUACCAUCCUCCUUGACAAUGAGCCAGUGACAGCAAAGGAGCACUAAAAGGUGAAGGGCUUUAAUCUGGUACCUACAUGAGGGCAAAAGAGACUGAAAAAAGUCAAUGAUCACCCAGGAACCUGGAUCUUUUCAAAAAAUGACGCUCAUGUUGGUGAAUCCCUCUGAAAAUUUUGGACCAGAGAGGCUUAAAACUUUCAGCCUGCAAAAGAAAAGGGGUAAAAAAUGAAUAGAACCUCUACAAAUUUCUUUGGGUUAUUAUGACACCUUUUGUCACUGUUCAAGGUUUAUGAUUCCACCUUCCUGGCCUAACUUUGUAUUUUUUUUCCAUAACUAUAUAUUAAAAUAAAAUAUGUCAGGGAUUUACAGAACCAUCACAGAGCUUAAGCAGAGCUGUGAAGCUCGUUAUCAAGCUUAAGGGACUUAUGUCUCCAUCCCUACUCCCCCACCUUGGAAGGUGACAGCUGGUCAGGGAAUGGGUAGGUUCAAACAGCCUGGGCAGCUACGGAAACUAAGGCUGUCAAUAUUGAAGGACAAGAAGAGAAUUCUUUGUUGCUUGGGAGCGGACAUGUAAUUCCUUGGCAGGAAAAGAAAAAAAGGAAGAACCAUUUCAAGCAUCAAUCCUAUACCUUUUUAAAGCAAAAUGAUCAGUUACUGCUGCUAACCACAGAUUCUGCAAGAAAAAGCACUUUUAAAAAAAUAGCUCUCUUAAGGUCACGAAUGGAAAGAGAAAACACAUUUUUUUCUUAAAUAUUUAGUAUCACAGUGGGCUAAGUCUUAAGGAAAGUUGUUCACACUUAAAAGAUCUUUUUGCCCACCCCUUCCAAAUUAUCGUUUGAGUAGAAUGCUUGAGAAAGGAAGCUUUUAUGUUUAUAAAGAAAUGAGCAAAUCAUCCUAAAUCCAAAGAGGGUGAGUUUGGAGCAAUUAUUCUCAUAAGCAGACUGCUAAUAUCUCCUUAGGACAAAAUCUCUUGAUUUAAAAUUACUUUCUUUACAAUAAUGUUAGGGUUACAGGUUUGGGAACAGACACACAAUCUAAACACUAUCCACAGCCACCUCCAUAUGAAUGACAGUCCUAUUUUCAAACGUGACAACUUUUCUACUUCAUAGUCACUUUAUGUGCUUUAUAGUCAUUGAAAAUGAGCCAUAAAAUCCUAAUAUUUAAACAUUAGCUAAGAAGGGAAGAUGUCUAUAUAAAAUUCAGUAGCAGCCAUGUAAAAUCCAGUAUUCUAAGUGCCUUCUGCCAAUUUGGUAUUGCUUACCACUGUAUGUGUAAGGGCAUGAGCAGAAUUAAACUGUUAUGAUUCUGUAAUCUCCUUAUUAAUCUUGGUUCCAUACAUAAGUGGAUUAAACACACCUUCCUAGAAAAUAAUUAUCAAUUAUGUAAAAUAUUCUGAAAAACCUAGGAUUGGUUUAAAAAGGCAGAAAUGUCUAAUGGCCUCUGUUCUUAAAUUGAUUUAUUUUUGCUUUCUCUUUAACAUGGCUUUAAAUCAGGAACAUGUCUUUCCAUUGAGUAUGUUACAGAAUAGCUCUGGGGGGUUAAACCCAUUUAUUUGCUAUUGUAUUUGAUAGGCAUAAAAAAAGUCUUUGUUACAUAUAAAUUCAAGAUGACAACCUAUAUAUAGAAACACACUGGUCAAACUGAAAUCAACUUGGACAGGAAUUUUCAGAGUAUUUUAUUUUGGUGUGCUCUGAUUCCUGAGCAAGUGCUACCUUACCUAAGAUUAUUUUGUGCAUCCCCUUUGAAAUAAGGUAUGACUAUAAGGUGCCAACUCUCUGGACCUGGCUGUGAAGACUAUCACCACCACUGUAUCUUUAGCAGUACUUUAAAAACUUCAGGAACUCCCGCCCUUAAAAUGCAAGAUGAAAUUGUUAUAGCUUAGUAAAAUACUGCCAACAGCAUUCCCAAGAGCAGACACUGCAGGGCUGGCUUCAUGUAGCGUAGCUGGCCAGGGCAUCAUGUUGCCGCAAAAGCCUGGCAGGACAACAAUGGCUUACUGAAAGGUUAUGAAAUCCCAAAUUUACCUGGUAGUAAAAGUUCUUAGUAGUCCUUACAUUUAAUAGAACUUAAGUCCACAGGAAGUGGCAGUUCUAAGAGCUGGACUGGCAAUUUGGAGACCAGGUUCUUGUAGCAGCUCCAUGGCCAAGCUUAUCUGUACAUGGGACAGAAGGUCAAUACUGGGCUGUUUUGAAGGAACACAGAGAGGAGUUAAUGUAAAAUAUGCUGGAAUGGUAACUUGUGCUGGGGGAAAUUUCAGUAUAAGGUCAGAACAGGAAAUUACUGCUUAGACUGGAAUGGCUAUCAGAGUUUGCAACUGCUUAAGUUUAUAACACUUUAUGCUAUAUAAAUAAUACUAUGUAAGCUAAUUCAUGGCAGCCACUUGCAUUUGAAACAUGAAAACCAAUAGUUCAUUAUUACAUUAACAGACUGUUAAAGCGCAUAGUAGCUUGAAAUGUUUAUACUUGAAAAUGGGGGUAGAAAUGGGAAUCUUUUUUUUCAAAAGUGCAUUUACCAGCAUAUACAUAAAAGCAAAUAGUGAAGAUGUUGACACAUCUUGUGCUCAAGUCCCAAUAUGGACUGCCAUAGGGGAAGAAUACUAGAAUUUUACAAACUAAGAGUUAUGUAAAUAUGCUUAGCCUUUAAAUUUAUGUAACAUUUCAUGUAAUGUUCACCAAGAAUAAGCUGAAGGUUUGAAUAACUUCUGUAUAUAAAACUGAAAUGCACAGCAUCACAUCUAACAUUUGCUUUGUGGCAUUCAACUUCUUUUAGAAAAUUUCUGAACUCUAAAAAACAUUUUUUGAAGCAUUAAAAGAUAUUCACCCAAAUAAGCAUUGGUACCUUCAGGAAUUUGUCAGUUGCCUUAUAUGAUGAAUAGAUCCAACAAGCACAUCUAUAAUACAAAGUAAACUAUGAUUUUAUUGUGAAAGUAUCAUAGAUGGAAAAUUAAAUUGAGUAUUUAUUCUGUUCAUUUCAUUUACAAUAAUCUUAUGACUUAUUUUUGUACCAUGUAUUUCAAUUGCCUGUUUAGUGAAAAAUAAAGAAACCUGUAAUUUUUGACUUGUUUUUAAGCUUUAAUUUUAUCAUAGAAUUAAUGACCCCACCAUAAAAUGUGUUGCCAACAGCCACAUCCCAAUCCCCUGUGUGAAGAUUGUUUUGGCUGCUAUUUAAACCCCACGGAAAAAAAUCUUUGACUUCUAUUCACCUUAAAAUGCCAGUGUUAGCAAAAGAUUUUUGUUUUCCAUAAUAAAAACCAACCCACAUAUCUUCAAGGUCCUGUUUGACAAAAUUUUUACAUCUGCAAAAUUUCACCGAAAUAAAUAUAUUUU